AUGUUGCGCUUCAGUUGGUGUCGUCUGUGCGGCGGCAGCAGCAGCACCGUCGCCGCCACAUCGCCGUUGGCGCCUGAUGUUCUGGCUGUAGCCAAAGCACAAUCCGCGCAGCUGGACGGUUUGUCUCCGCGGAAAAUUGUGUCAAUUUUGGAUACGUACAUCAUUGGCCAGUCCGAGGGAAAGCGCGCGGUUGCAAUAUCACUCCGCAACCGCUGGCGUCGACGCCAAGUGAAGGACAAGGAGCUGCGCCGUGAUAUUCUGCCAAAAAAUAUUCUUCUUGUUGGCCCUACUGGCGUUGGAAAAACGGAGAUUUCGCGGCGCAUGGCAAAGAUCACGGAUGCCCCGUUCGUCAAGGUGGAGGCGACAAAGUACACCGAGGUGGGCUUCAAGGGGAAGGAUGUGGACUCCAUCAUUGAGGAUUUGUACAUGAACGCCAAAACGAAGGCAAAGCGGCGCCUGGAGGCGGAGCGCGCGGAGGAGGCACUCGCCAUGACGCUGGACGUGGUGUACGGUAGUUGGGCGACACGCCGACGCGCCAGCGGUGGUGAUGCAAGAAGCAAGUACGAUGAAGAUGGGGAGGAUGGCGGACGCGCCCCAUUCACCGAUGUGACGCUUGAGGAAUUUAAGGCGAAGUACAAGACAGAAUUUAAGGACGACCUCGUGACGGUGGACAUCGUUCCACCACCCCCGAAACACAAUCGGCAGGGUUGGAGUAAAGCCGAGAUGGAUAUCGCCGGCCUCUUCGGGUCCGCGUCCGAGGUGCGGCUUAAGACGCGGGUAACGAAACGCGUGGAGGAGGCGGUUCCGCUGGUGUUGCAAGACAUAUUAGAACGUCUCUUGGAUGAGACACAAAUCAGUACAUUGGCUCGAACUUUGGCCGAGGAUGAUGGCGUGGUAUUUAUUGAUGAAAUUGACAAGGUGGUCACAGAUGCCGCGAAUAAUGACGCCGAUGUCAGUUCCACCGGUGUGCAGCAGGAUUUGCUGCCACUCAUUGAAGGUUCUGACGUGACAUUGAAGGAUGGCACUCAAAUUAGUACCGAUAACAUCCUCUUUAUCUGCUCCGGUGCGUUUCACUUAGCAAAGACCUCUGACAUGAUUGCAGAGCUGCAGGGUCGUUUGCCAGUACGGGUGGAGUUGCAGGCGUUGAAGGAGGAGGAUAUGCGUCGCAUUCUCCGCGAGCCACGGUUUAAUCUACUGCUUCAACAGAAGGAACUGAUGAAGACAGAGAAGGUGGAUAUCGAAUUUACAGAAGACGCCGUUGAUGAGUUGGCACGCGUCGUAACGACGGUGAAUGCAAAUGGACAAAACAUUGGGGCACGCCGUCUACAUACCGUGAUUGAGCGUGUGAUGGACAAGUACAGCUUUAACUGUCAAGACUACGAGGAUAAAAAGGUGGUUAUUGAUGCCAAUGUAGUAAAAGAGGCCACAAGUACACUGCAUACGAAUAUUGAUCUAGCCAAGUAUCUCCUUUGA